CUGUGAGUUGUCCGAUUCUCUUGGAAGCGAAGGCAAAACUGCCGGUUGUCUCUUUAAAUCGGCUCUGCGGUGUGAUGGGGCCCGCGGUCUGGCUGGGAAGAACCAUUCCCACCCUGCCGCAGGGAGCUGGCCGCUGCCAUCAGCGCCUCCCCCAUCCCCAUGGUUACGGCUCCUGCUUCCCGACCGUCCCUGGUCCCUGGCCGUCGCCCGCCCGCCCGAGGGAGCAGGCACUCCCCACCGGAGUCCGGGAAGCCGCCUGCUGAGAACGGCAGUGACUGCCUGCCCCUCCGGCUCUGACACCCUCCCCGGUGCAGAGCCCUGGCCGUCGCCGGGCUGCAGGCUUGCAAUCUGUUGAUAACUCCACUCGCGAGCUCCAGCGCUGCCCCUGGGGUGGAAAACUGCUCCCGGACCCGGGAACUCACCGCCUCUCGCCAACAGGAAGCGCAGGACCGCUGCCACUCCUGCUGUUUUUGCCAAAAUAGAUGGGGGCGGCCUCUCCACCCUCACCCGCCCCGUCACGGUCGCCCAGGGCUCUACCCCGUGGCCGCUGCCUGGGACCUUGACCUUCUGGACGGCCAUGGAGGCUGGCGGGGAGAACGGUGCGACGUAAUCGGCUGUGCCGUUGGCACCACCUCCAUCCCCUGCUCACACUUCAGUAACUUCACUGUGCUCAUGUGAGUUGCAUCUGGCAGGAGGCCGGUGCCCACGGAGCCUGACAAAUGCAGAAACACCCUGGGACUACGGGGCCGCGUGAGCCCCCUUCCCGCCAUCGCCUGACGCCAAAUGCUCCAGAAUUCGGGAUGCGUGAGGGCCCCUGGCAGGCGGGACGCUGUGGGAGGCAGGACGCUAGUGGGAGGCGGGACGCUGUGGGAGGCGGGACGCUAGGGCCCCUGGCAGGCGGGACGCUAGUGGGAGGCGGGACGCUAGUGGGAGGCGGGACGCUAGGACCCCUGGCAGGCGGGACGCUGUGGGAGCUGGACGCCCCUGGGAAGCAAGAACGGCAGGCUGCUCUCUCUCUCGUGAAACAUCUAUUCUCCACCAGGAGACCAUCCUGCCCUUCGUCACAGAGGCCCAUCCUCGCCCAGACGGAGGCUCCUGGCUGCAGGACAGAGGGCCCAGCAGCCUUCGUGCUCCCCUGGGAUUUGAGGACUGUCCUGUCCCUGCCCCAGUCCCCAGGGGAGUUCCUGCACCCCGUGGUAUAUGCCUGCACUGCCGUCAUGCUGCUGUGUCUGCUGGCCUCCGCCAUCACCUACGUCGUGCACCAGAGCGCCAUCCGGAUCAGCCGGAAAGGCCGGCACACGCUCCUGAACUUCUGCUUCCACGCGGCCCUGACCUUCUCCGUGUUUGCUGGUGGCAUCAACCGCACCACGUACCCUAUCCUAUGCCAGGCGGUGGGCAUCGUGCUGCACUACUCCACACUCUCCACCAUGCUGUGGAUCGGAGUUGCCGCCAGGAACAUCUACAAGCAGGUGACCAGGAAGGCCCCGCUGUGCCCGGGGGCAGACCAGCCACCGCACCCCAGGCAGCCCUUGCUCAGGUUCUACCUCAUCAGCGGAGGGGCCCCUUUCAUCAUCUGCGGCAUCACGGCCGCCACGAACAUCGGGAACUACGGGAUGGAGGACGAGGACGCCGCGUACUGCUGGAUGGCCUGGGAGCCCAGCCUGGGCGCCUUCUACGGGCCCGCGACCUUCAUCUCCCUGGUCACCUGCGUGUACUUCCUCGGCACCUACGUCCAGCUGCGGCGCCACCCAGAGCGCAGGUACGAGCUCAGGGAGCGUGCAGAGGAGUGGCAGCGGCUGGCAGGGUCAGAGGCCGGGCAGAGCCCCGGGGCCCCGCGGGCCACGCCGCCCGCCCGCGAUGCCCUGCUCACCUCGCUGCUGCAGAACGAGCACUCGUUCAAGGCCCAGCUGCGGGCCGCCGCCUUCACGCUGUUCCUGUUCGUGGCCACGUGGACCUUCGGGGCGCUGGCCGUGUCCCAGGGCCACUUUCUGCACACGAUCUUCAGUUGCCUGUACGGCGCCUUCUGCGUGACCCUGGGGCUCUUCGUGCUCAUCCACCACUGCGCCAAGCGGGAAGAUGUGUGGCACUGCUGGUGGUCCUGCUGCCCCUCCCGUGGGGACCCCCACGCCGCGAAGCUCGGCGCCCGCCCCGCGCUCGACGCCAACGGGGAUGUGCUGAGCCACGCAGCCUGCCUGCAGGACUCACCGCGUCCCGGCAAGACGCUGGGCUUCGGCCACCCGCCAGCCGGCCACUGCAAGAUGACGGACCUGCAGGCCACCCAAAGCCACGUCAGCUGCCUGUCACCAGCCACACCCUGCUGUGCCAAGAUGCAGUGCGAGCAGUUGAUGGAGGACGCAGCCCACGUCCACGUGCACGAGGAGGACGCCUUCGGGCAUGACCCGCACCGGCACAGGUGCCUCCAGGGCAGAACUAAGCCUCACUACUUCAGCCGGCACCGGGCAGCCGCGGCCGAGCGGGAGUACGCCUACCACAUCCCGUCCAGCCUGGACGGCAGCCCCCACAGCUCGCGCACGGACAGCCCCGCCAGCUCGCUCGAGGGCCCAGUGGGGCCACACUCGCUGGCCUGCUGUGCCCAGGGUGACCCCUUCCCCUUGGUCAGCCAGCCCGAGGGCGGCGACGCCAGCCCCGUGCUCUGUGGCUGUCCCCCACGGCCCGGCGGGGAGGCAGCCCACGGCCCGGCCCACUUGGAGAUGCUCCGGAGGACACAGUCCCUGCCCUUUGGCGGCCCCGGCCAGAACGGGCUGGUUAAGGGUGAUGCACGGGACGCUGCGCCCUUUGGCUCUGACAGCACGGGUAACAUCCGCACGGGGCCCUGGAGGAACGAGACAACUGUGUAGCAGGCGGGGCUCUGUCACCUUCGCCCACACGGCCCGGACGUGCUUCAGAGCAGAGCCAGGCCCUCGGCCACGUGAGGCGGGCAGGGGGUCACCGCCUGACCCAGCCUUGGCGGCACCGCCACUGACCCCUUCGUUGGAGGACCUGAGCGGGAAGACGCUUUGGGCUACGUCGGCCUCCACAAGCCCCAAGGGCAGCCGGGAGGUCCACGUCCACAGUCACCUGCUUUCAUCCCGUAGUGCCCAGUCCCCGGCAGCCCAGGGCAGAAGCCCACCCUCAGCGCCUGGCGUGUAUCCCAUCUGCCCCGCCACCUGCCUUGCUAGGCCUGGCCGCGGCGGGUGGCGCCCCCGAUAUUUCCUAGUGUUUAAUGUGUGUUUUCUGUUUAGGUUUGUUCCUCGGGACCAGCAGGCAGCCUGCCUGUCAGUCCAGAGCGCUCUGGGCAGCUGCCCCAGGCCCCUCCAGUCUCAGGGGGACUCGAGUCAGCACCUCUGCCCAGUGCCGGCUCCACCUUCACCCCCGCCCCACAGGCCUCAGAGCAUCACAGACGCUGGGGCAGCAGCCGUACUCUGGGAGCACAAGGGCAGCGGGACUGUCGGUGACCCUAGGCUUUCCACGGGCCAGUGGGGUCUCUGAGGGGCCUGUGCCUUUGGAAAUGCCCACACACCCUUUAACGUAGACUCGACUUCCAAAGCCAGGCGCUGUCAGGGCUGGGUCCCGCCCACACCGUGAACGUUUGGGAACAAUAAAGUCCCCUGCCACAAAAAGAGAGGGUCUGGCAUUUCCAUGAACAUCUGGGCACAAAGCCAUGACUCAGAGGACAGAUGUCGGUGACAAAUAUCCUUCUGUGACAGCAAGUGGUGUGUCCCAUGGGAAGGGGUCCACGGGUCCCCGUGGAGAAGCUGAGACACCCAAAGGGAUGUGUAUGUGGGCCUCUGCAGUCUUUGCUCCCUCCCUCCAUCCCCUGGGGUCUGUAACACAUGUGCACCCACACACACGUGCACAUGUGUUGGUGCAUGUACCACAUGCAUGUGUGAACGUGCCACGUGCAUGCACAUGUGCACACUCCCCACACGUGCACAGUACACCAUACAUGCACAAGAGUGCACUGCACACAGCAUACAUCACACAUGCCACCCGUGCACACACGUCUACUGUGCACAGACAUGCACACAACACGUUACGCACACACAGGAUCGAGUGUUUUCCAGCCGUCCGAGCGCCGAGCUCUCCUUGCCCUGUGCAGCCUCGUCACCAGGACUUGUCAGCGUCUGUGUCUUGGGCGGGGACUCCAGCAGGAGCAGAUCCUUCCUCACACCCACCUGGGUUGGGGGGCUGUCCCGUGUCCCAGGCGAGAUGCCCAGUAUCUGAGCACAGGAGCCCCACUUCCUGGAAUUCCUGUAAACCUAACAGUGACGUUGUAACAGACCAAGGUGGCCGGUACCUGCCCCGAGCCCCAUAUAUCCUCACAUGUCGACCAGACGGGCAACCGAUGACCGCUGGGUGGCUCCUGUCUCCACCGCCGACCAGCCUGCUUGCCCGCUCCUGCGGCUGACAGGACCAGCACCCUGGGGCUGUGCGGGGCACAUGCUGCAGGCGCAGAACCGUCGACGAAGUACAGUGUUGUCCUUGUUGGCACUUUGGGAGGCUGAUUCACAGCAUCUGCAAGCAUAUCUCUCCCUAUAGGGGGGCAGGCCCACCAUGGUGCCCGGGGCUGGGAGAGGCCGGGGAGCCACAAGGCUGCCCUUUCCGGCCCCUCCAGAGGGCGUCCCCCACCCUUCCUGCCCCGGUGCCCCUGACAGACCAGAGAGAGCAGCUCAUCAUUCAGACCAAAGAGA